GCGCAAAGUAAUAGUAGGUUAGUGGUGUUAGGGUAACGCAGGGGACCACUAAAGCAGACCACUUAAAAGGGGUCAAACCCUAACGCUAAGCCUCUUUUGCCGCGGUUUGGUGUCCACCCCGGGCCCUUAUCUUGGCUAGGCGUGGCAGACAGCCGACGCGGUGCGGACAUGAAUCUGCACUGCCCCACUUCACCCUCGAAAGAGCCAUCUGUCCCCAGAGGCCUGCGGUGUCUGGCUUCUAUCUACGACUAUGUACAUCUCGUCUCUAGAAGUGACGUGUUUGCCUGUGUUUGUGUUUCUCGAAUUUUCUUCCUGCGUGUAUGCUAUACUCGAAGUCUCGUGUGUGCAGCGUUGUUUAAGGCUCGUAGAGGCACGGUUGCCUCGUGUUUUGCGACUGCAAUACCUUCAGUCUCCCCCUAGCGUUCAGCUGUCGUGUGUGCUAGCUUGCCCUUAUGACCCAGGGCCUGCAAUGUGUUUUCUAAACUCUGGUAUUCUUUUGUGUUGUGAUGCCGUCCACUAGGUUCCUAUGCGGCUGUGUU